GACACGUGGCAGUUCACUUUCCACGUCUGUCAAAAUAUUGGGUAGGCACGUGGCCUUGGGAAUAGUCAAAAACCCAAUCGCCACUAGCCGCAUAAAUCGCUCAAAUAAAACCCAAUCGCCACUAUUCAGAUCUAAACCGCCCAUUCAAAAUUUUGCGUCGUCUUCUUCACGAAAAACUCUCAAGAACCCUAGGCCUUUCUCUCUCAAAUUCUCACUCAAAUUUCUGAGAAAAUGAAGGUUGUCGGUGCAAAUGUCCACUUCCAGAAGUUAGAAGCCAAGUGCUCGUCACCAACAUUCUUUCAAAGCUAUCUGGAAAUGAUAGCCGCUCAAGAACUCUCCGAAUUUCUUCAAGUGGAGAUUCGCCUCAAAUUCGAAGAAGAAGUUCUUGAAUUCUCCAGAAAUAGAGAGGUCAAGACUGCUCAUUCAAAGAAGGACCCACAGAGGACGUUUCCGGUCAUCAAGUCCAAUGUCGGAGGUACAAAAGUGAAGCUUUCGCAAAAGAAAUUGGGAGAAAAGCUUCGCCUUCCCAAUUCUGGAGUUGAAAUUGGGAAAUUUCCAGUCAAAAAUCUGGACUGGAACAUCAUUGGAAUCUCUGGGCAAAUUCCUUCUGGCCCGGCGAAGAAAGCAGAUCUAAACAACGGUUACAAGUUGGUUUUGGAACUGGUCAUCGCCUGCCUCGAAUGUUGAAGUGGAGGUCAUGCCAAUGACAUCACCCAGGAGAGAGCCUUCAUCAUCAACUCUCUCAUUACCAAAACUAAGGUAAACUGGGCUGCACACUUUUUCAAAUCCAUUUCAAAACAUCUAGGAAAGCACAAUCAGAAGUAUCUCUGUCAAGGUCUGUAUAUUGGACAUAUUUUGGAAUCUAUGGGCGCUGCAGUUAAAGGG